AAACCACCCUAUAUUCUCUCUCCUCUGCCUCUCCACCACCCAACACAAACCACCCCCACAAUCAAAACCCAGAAAACCCAUCUUUUCUUCUUCCUCCUCUCUAUUAAUCAAAAUCCCACCAUUUCUCUUCAUUUUCGUCCUUCAAUUUUCGAUUUUUUUUUAUAUGGGGUUUUGAUUAUUUAAACAUAAGUUAUUCUGUAGAUUUUUAGGCUUUGGGUUUCCCCCCCGAGAGAUGUUUGAUGCUCAAAGCUUUGAUGAACUUUCUCUCUCUAUGUUGGAAGCCUUUCGGCGUUGAAAUCGUCGGUGGAAGCAGCGGAGGAAACACCGACGGUGGUGGUGGUAGAGACGGCAGAGAUGGGCUGCUUUGGUAUCGGGAUUUGGGAAAGUGUGCUACUGGGGAGUUUUCCAUGGCGGUUGUUCAGGCUAAUCAGGUGCUUGAAGAUCAGAGUCAAAUCGAGUGUGGGCCCUUUGGUACCUUUGUGGGUAUUUAUGACGGCCAUGGUGGGCCCGAGACCGCUCGGUUUGUCUGCGAUCACCUCUUUCGCCACCUUCAAGCAAAUUCAGUUGAGACUGAUGGUGUAGUAACAGAAGAGACCAUAAAAAGAGCUUUUCGAGCAACGGAGGAAGGUUUUCUUGAUCAGGUCUCUCAGUUAUGGAGCACUAGACCACAAAUAGCCACUGUAGGGUCAUGCUGUCUAGUCGGUGUGGUAUCACGACAAACUCUUUUUGUGGCAAAUCUUGGAGAUUCCCGUGCUGUUCUUGGGAGGAAAAAUGCAAAUAAUGGAGGUUUUGAUGCUGUUCAGUUAACAAGUGAACAUAAUGCUAAUGAAGAGGCAGUAAGAAGGGAGCUAAGAAAUUUACAUCCAGAUGAUCCCCAGAUUGUCAUGUUAAAGCAUGGAGUUUGGAGAGUAAAAGGAAUUAUUCAGGUUUCUAGAUCUAUAGGGGAUGUAUAUAUGAAACAUGCUCAGUAUAACAGAGAACCUAUUAGUGCGAAAUUCAGGCUUACAGAACCAAUACAAAUGCCUAUUAUGACCGCAAUUCCAUCUAUUGUUUCACAUCAUCUACAGCCGAAUGAUUCUUUCCUUAUUUUCGCUUCUGAUGGUCUAUGGGAACACUUGACUAAUGAAACUGCUGUUGAUAUUGUGCACAGUCAUCCUCAUGCAGGAAGUGCGAAACGGCUUGUGAAAGCUGCACUGCAUGAAGCUGCUAGAAAGAGAGAAAUGCGGUUUUCUGAUCUCCAGAAGAUCGACAAGAAAGUUAGACGUCAUUUUCAUGAUGACAUUUCUGUGAUUGUGUUAUUCUUCAACCAUGAUCUUAUCCGUAGAGGUGUGAUACAGGACCCUCCAUUCUCUAUCCGAAGUGCUUUAGAACACUAGUUCAGACGUGGCUGUUAACCGAAGACAAGUUCAUGAUUUUUGUGCUGAGCAUUUUUAAAGGUGAGAAGGCACCAUGUCACUAACGGCAGCAUUUAUUCCAGUUUUUGGCUCAUGAAAACCAGAUACUGGUGAGCGGCUGAGCAUCAUCCAAUUGCUUCAUUUUGGAAAUUUACAUUGGCAAAGGAAAGUGCACUGCAGUUCACGGCUCACCAGUAACAGGCUUCUGAAUGAAUUACUACAUUUUAUCAGCUUUUUCCGGACUAUAGUUCCAUGUACUAUCAGAAGUCCAAUUUUUUUGAUGUGCAAUGGAAGCCAUGCAUGCAGUUAACCAGCACAAAACAUACAUUUUCUAUGACCCCCUCCCCCUUUUGUUUCACAUUUAGACUUCACUGAUCAUUCAUGUUUGGAAUUAUGUAAGACAAAGGAUGAUAUCUCAUUGGUAAACGAAAUGAUUUUUUAUUUUUUUUUCCA